AAAUUUUUGGGUACGUUUGUAAGAUGAAAUAGUUUUAAAAUUGAAUUAGUGAAAUAAAUACAUAUUUUAAUUUGAAAAGUUUUAUAUAACAUACUGUUAAAAUGGUUAUCAUUACGAGAAUUGCAUUAAAAUCAUAUCAUGUAAUGUCACGUAUUUCAAAAAAUCAUCAUGUGUUUGUUUAUGGUACACUAAAACGUAAUCAACCAAAUCAUUACUGGUUAACAGAUCCAGAAAAUGGUGAAGCAAUUUUUAUAGGUGAAGGAAAAACUAAAGAAAAAUUUCCAUUAGUAGUUGGUACACGUUAUAACAUUCCAUUUCUAUUGAAUAAAGUUGGUGUAGGAAAUAAUAUUGAAGGAGAAAUUUAUGAAAUUAAUGAUAAAAUGUUGAGUAAAUUGGAUAUUCUUGAAGAUUAUCCACAGUAUUAUGAUCGUGAAAUACGUGAUAUUCAAAUGGGAAAUGAAACUUUAAAAUGUUGGUUGUAUCUCAUAAGGAAAUUUCCUGAAUCAUUAUUAAAUAAAAAAUUAUUGACAAGCUAUUCUAAUACAAAAGAAUUACCAUAUCGUGAAAGGUAUUUACGUACUGAAAAUAUUAAACCAAUUGAUGAUUUAAGUUUCUAAAUGAAUAUUAAAAAAAAAUAUUAGAAAUAAAAGCGUAAAAUGAAAAAAAAAUUAUUUGGAAAGCAAUUCAGCAGAUUUGUUUACAGAUGAAUCACAAGAAAUAAUCACAGGAAUUUCCACUGGAAUGAAGUGUUGAAGUAGAAUUUGUAAAUAGGCUGUUACAAUAUUUUUUUUUGUUAAUUAUAC